CGUGUCAGUUCCGCCCUGGGUCUCGUUUAUUCAGUCUCGAUUUAUCAAGACGUGGAGCGCAAUGCUUCGUUGUGUGUUUUUGACUGCUUUCCUGGCGCUGAUGACGAAGGUGGCGACUGCAGACAAGACGUUCGCGAUUCAGGCCACGUACCUCGGUGACCAAUGUGGCGGCACCCCGUACGCUAUCACGGUGUACGAGGACGAAAACUGUACAGCCACAGCGUGCGAUUCGUACGACACCUUCUACGGCUCUCGAGCCAUUAACGCCAACAUGAUGACAAACGACUGCUCUUCGAACCACACUGAGCUCCUACAGAUCAUGCGAGACAAGUUCGGCAACUCCCCGUACCUGCUUCAGACACUUCACAUCGACGAAAACUGUACCGAGUUCUCGAUGGCUUUCGGGUAUCCAGCAAUGGGAGCAUGCGUCGGUGCCUACAACGAGUCUGAUGGCCUGUACGCCAUCGCCAGUCUCAAUACUAACAGCUCGGCAUCUCUUAAAUUAUUUUACGAGAGAACUUGCUUUGCCAAUCAACAGUACAUGGCGACAUUUGUGUCUCAAGAGGAACUUUCCACUCAUUCGUGUACGAUCGAUUGGUUCCGAUGGUACAGCAGUAACGACGCCAAAGUAUCGCCCGCUUCGACAAGAGAUAAUACCGGUGGUACCUUAAGUUCAGGGGCUCUUGCUGGUAUCGGUUUAGGAGGCUUUGGCUUUGCAGUGGUGCUCGUCGUGGCUGUCAUUGUUCGAAGACGUCAAGCGAAAUCUCGAGCCCUAGAUAAACACGAUCACUUCGAGUCAAGUAUGACCCCUACAGCCGUUGACUCGCUCGAGGCAGUUCUUCGAGGACAAACUGGUCUGUGGAACGAUGAUAUCAUUACGGCCAAGCGUAUUCCUCGAGACAAAGUACAGACUGAGAGGCUUAUCAGUCGUGGAUCAUUUGGCGAGGUUUACGUUGGUAGUUUCAAUGAUCAUAAAGUAGCAGUCAAGAUGCUGCUCCCUGCCAUGCGAGGCAAGAUCCAACACGUCAACGAUUUCUUGGCUGAAGCCAAGAUGACUGCAACGAUGGACCACCCACACAUUGUAUCGUUCAUUGGCGUCGCGUGGGAUUCAUUGUCGGACAUCUGUGUCGUGCUUGAGUAUAUGGAUGGAGGAGAGUUACGAUCGCUGUUGGACAAGUUCCAGAAGGACAAACAUCCGAUCGGAUUCACUAGAGAGAAGACGACAAUUGCACUGGAAGUCUGUCAUGCGUUGACGUAUCUCCACUCCCUAUCGCCGCCGAUUAUCCAUAGAGAUCUCAAGUCAAGAAACAUUCUAUUGAACAGUGAUAUGAAAGCGAAGCUGUCGGACUUUGGGAUAUCGCGAGAGCGACUUGAUAGAACCAUGACUGCUGGGGUUGGUACUUCGCUUUGGAUGGCUCCUGAAGUCAUGCUAGGCGAACGUUACGAUGACAAAGCGGACGUGUUUUCGUUCGGUGUGGUGCUGUCCGAGUUGGAUGUCCACACACUGCCAUACGCUCGAGCGAAGACGGAGAAUUUGGACUCGAAGGGUAACCCGAUACCUGAUUCAAUCCUACUUCAGCGAGUUGCCUUGGGCAUCGUAAAGGUCGAGUUUUCUGAUGCCAGUCCGGAGGCUAUCGUGGACCUUGGUCGAGCGUGCACAUCGGUGUAUCCGACAGAACGCCCUACUGCAGCAGAGGCACUGUACAAACUUCAAAUGAUCUUGUCGAGGAAAAAAUCUUCUCGGACUCAAUCGGCUGAAAGCCUCAAUUAAUUAAGCAGAGACCACGGCGAAGAGAGCAAAUCUUGUCGUUCUACCAAGUCGAUGGGCUGAUAACAUUAAUAUAGUCUACCUUCUAGACUCGAGGGAUUUUCGAUUACAUUACAGGCAGGAGUCACACACCACAAAUGUUGGAAUUCGAAUAGUGAUCUACUGGGUUCUGGAGAUAUUUCGAUGUGUGAGUGACAGUGUUCCAGCGAUUUUAAUCUGAAUGGCUACGAAUAAUUGACAGUCGAAGCAGCGAAGAAUUUUGACGAUAGUUCACUUUCGCUUUCGUAUCUCUUAGGGCACAAGUCGUUAAACGAUGUAUCGAUUGUUGCCGUGGGUCAUACCGGCAGUGACUGCAGCGACUUACAUGGUUUGGUCUCGCUACGCUGGAACCUCUCGUGGGGGUACACCCUACUUCGUCGCCACUAUCGAAAACACAACGUGCUCUCCUUACUCCUGCUCUGAGUACGGCGAGAACACUACCGCUGAGAGGAUCUCGGUCGAGUGUGCAACCGACUACAUCACUCCAAUGCGACAGAAGUUUGCCGGGUCCUGGUACGUCUUGGGUGUAGACUUUAAAGACAAUUACUCAGCUCCAAGCCAGCCACGCAAUUUUCAGCAUCAGGAAACUGCGUCGGAUCGUAUCAGACUACGCAGGCGAGACCUGCACACUAUACAAGGAACCCUUUAAGCCUGCGCUUUGAAAGCUGUCAGGAUGCAGUAAUAGUCACCUGCUUUGGACGACCAGUGGAUUUUGACUGAGAAUGCGGAUAAGAAGACACUCGAGGGUCUCCUACAAUGUAAACACACAUUCGGUGGUGUAGUAGUAAUGACAUAACAAUUUCAGCGUCGGAUCCAUUGUCGGGAUUUUUGUACGCUGUUUUAUUUGCGAAUAUCGCAACGUCCGUGCACUGUCGCCGACAGACAAGAAACUAUGCACGCAGAGGAGAUGCCCUCAGGCCGAAGAUCGCUACAGAACGACAAAGCGAGCAAGCAGAUUCCACCCGACUAGGUCAAAAUCAAGAAGAGUGAUUAAAUGUCACCCUUAUGGACGGCAGGAGUGAUCCCAUACAACAGAAACGAUCUGUGUGGACCUAUCUGAACCGAAUCCAAGUUCAAAAUUGAGUUGGGUUGUCGUUGACUCCAAACGAACGACGCUAAAGUGUUGUACUGAAGUACAGACUUCACGUUCUUCUAGCGCAGAAGCUGCCAUCAUCAUGAAAAUGAAUGAGCCUCACCAUUUGAGCGCAUUAC